AUGGGCAACGUGAUGUCUGCAAGUUUCGCACCGGAGUGCACUGAGUUGAAGCACGAAUACGAUAACUGCUUCAACCAAUGGUACAGCGAAAAAUUUCUAAAAGGGCUUUCGAUGGAAAACGAGUGCAGCAAGCAGUGGUAUGCGUAUACGACGUGUGUGGAGGCCGCUUUGGUGAAACAGGGUAUUAAGCCUGCGCUGGACGAGGCUCGUGAAGAGGCGCCCUUUGAAAACGGCGGUGAGCCCACCGACAACAGUGGUUAA